UUCAAUAGGGUUCGACCUGCUUGGUUUUCAAGGUGCUCCCUCUCACAUCAGACCCUCUCUCUCUCUCUCUCUCUAUCUCAAUCUGUGGCGGCUCUUCUUCUUCUUCAUCAUCUCCUCCGAUCGCCUCUCUAUUUCUCUUCGGUUCGGCCUCUGCAAUUCGAUCUAAGAGUGGAACGAUCUCUUUCUUUGUGGAGUUGUAUUGACGCGAGUUGCCAUGGUUGCAUCUACACAAGCACAAGCACCACCUCCGUCAUCAACAACAAAUUCUGCUUCCGCAGCUCCAUCUGCAGAGGAAGAGGCCUUGAAGAGAAACACGGAUUGUGUUUACUUUCUUGCUUCCCCUUUAACCUGCAAAAAGGGAAGUGAAUGCGAGUAUCGGCACAGUGAAUAUGCCCGGGUAAACCCCAAGGAUUGUUAUUUCUGGUUGAAUGGCAAUUGCUUGAAUCCGAAGUGUGGUUUUCGGCAUCCUCCUCUUGAUGGCUUGUUGGGAACCCAAAUGGCAGUUCCUGCUGGAAAUUCUUACCCUCCACCGCACACUAUUGCAGCGCCUACUGCUCAUGCUCAAUAUAGUGCAGGGAAGCAAGCGGUCCCUUGCAUUUUCUUCCAAGGGGGGUUCUGCUUAAAGGGUGACAGAUGUGCUUUCUUGCAUGGACCAAGCCCUUCAAGUAAUAAAACUCCACAGCCAACACCUGCCGGUGAGCCUCAGUCCCAAAAGAAGCCUUUUGGUGCCCUUCAAAAGUGUAGUCAAAAUCAGAAGAUCUCUCAAGCAAAUGUUUCGAAGGCAGUUGGACCACUUGCUGAUGCUAUAGCUGCACCAAAAGUUGAAAGUGCUCUACCACAAAAUAGUGUGACAAUUGAAAGGAAGUUGCUGCCAUCUGCUAGCAUGAAUGAUGAGGUUUCCAGGUUUGUUAAAGCAACUAAUGUUCCUCCUGUUGGCAACGAAAAUUUGAUUAGUCGGUUCACCAAUCGUUUUCAUUAUUCUCAUGUGUCCGAUGAUCACACUUACCAGAAUGGUAAAGAUGUUGAUGAAUUACCGAGGGAGUCCUCUCCUGGUUUUGAUGUUCUUGUAGAUGAUGACCACAGAGAUUCUGAUUACUUCCACGGUGAAGAACAAUAUGGGAGAGCAAGAGCUCAUGAAGGAAGAGACAUGAACAGUGUAAAUGAAUAUGAUAUGGGGCAUUCUACUGAUUACAGUUCAAUAGCAGAUGUUGAUCAAGAAGCAUUCCGUGAUCCACGUGCUUACGACUCCUAUGAUCGCAUACAUGGCCAGCAUGCUUGGGAGCAGCACAGAACUUCAUCUGAGAGAAUGUCAAUGGGGCAUCCUCACCUAGAAAGAAGUUACUCAAAAGAUGAGAGCCCUGAUCAUAUCUCUGAAUCAGAUCUGAGAUACCGCUUAUCAAAGCAGAGGAGGGUCAACGGUUUACGGUCAGUUGUCAGUCAUGAGUAUGUUCCAGACAGCCAUGUUGAGGAGCAAAGCUACAGAGAUUCUUCUCGCAGAGAAUCUCAUAGACCUUCACAUGAGAGCUCCAUCAGUGGUCGCCUUCGUGGUAGAAUAAAGCUUCCAGUGAGGUCUCCUAUUGGUGGAAGUGACUUGCACACAGAAAGAGAGACUGACAGGGGAAGGAAUCGGCGCAGAUUGUCUCCGGGAGUACCACAAAUGUCCUCCCACCAGGGGAUGCUACGUGACCGAAUGAAAGGCAAGCUAGAAGAGGAUUACAAUGAGGGAUACCUUAGAGGGUCCAGGACUAGAAGUGGAAUACCUGAUGAUGGUACUUAUUUCUCUGGUCCAAGGAGUCUUGCAGAGCUCAGGGCAGCAAAAAAUACAGAUAAUAAAGAUUAUCAAUCUCUUGGAAAGCGUAAACAUUUGAUGGAUCAUCAUCAAUCAUCUGAAGGUGAUGUUUCUUUCAAGGGGCCAAUGCCCCUCAGUGAGAUUCUUAAGAGAAAAAAGCAAGCUGAAGCAGCAGCGUCAGGAAGUGCUGCAUCUGUUAAUAAAGAACAUGAUCAAAAUGAUAAGGAAAACUCAUUCAGUAGCUCCAAGAAUACAUCAGUCUUAGAGAUGCAAAGUGGUCAGUCAGUAAAAAAGGAGGAAACCAACAACCAUGUUGUUAGCAAUAAGGAAGAAGAUGAAUCACCUGAAGCUCUAAACAAUGAAGUUGCUGAUGGUUGGUCUUCUCAAGUACCUAAUGCCAGUGAGCUUGAGACUGAAGAUGGUAUGGUUGUUGAUGAAGGUAUGGAAGAUCAUGAGUAUGAAGCUGAUGAGCAGGGGGAGGGUGAGUAUGAUUAUGAACAAGGUGAUGAAGGGGACUAUAAUUAUGAUGAAGGUGAAAAUGUUGAGGGUGAAGAGGAGUACGUAGAGGGUGAAGAGGAUGACGGAGAUGACUUCAAUAAGAAGAAUGGUGUCACGUUGUCAUGAAAGAUCAGUUGAGAUGAGAGAUGGAUUUUCCUGCCCUUGAAUGUGGUCAUGGAUAUGGUCUUUGACAAAACUCAUGUAACUCUGGUGGUCGGUUUUGAUUGAGCAGCUUAGUUGCUAUAAAUUUUCUUUGUAGUAGGGUAAUCGAAACUUAUUUAAUCAUUUGAAACCUUCUGUAUUGUAUUUAUAACUUGAUUGAAUGACAUUUUCUGGUGCUUGAAGCAUUUUUCUCUGCCCUUGAAUCAAAAUUAUCAAAUAGUUUGUGGCCAAGGGCAUGAUGGAUACUGUAGUAAGUCAAAUAAGAUGAAUGCUAUUUACUUC